GAAGGAAACAUUACUGUCACAUCCGGGUAUACUACCUCAGCAAAUGAAGAUGACGUCAUAAUGACAACUUUGAAAGUCUUCAGUUUAACUUCUAAUUCAGGUCAGCAUCUCCCAUUGACAUCCGGGCACUUCAACACCUUAACAACGAUAGAUGGCGUCAACCUAACAACUCUCGUUAGUACAACGCCGAAGCCCGGUCAGAAUCUCCCAGUACUUCCUGUAGUAAUGAUGCUCUUGUUCGGCGGUAUAGGGAAUAUUCUUGCAUUGAUUCUUCUGAUCUACACGUCAAGAAAACACAAAUGGAGUACAUUCUAUCGACUAGUGAUGACCUUGGCAGUAUCCGAUUUUCUAGGUCUCGUCGGACCACUUCCAGUUUCCGUUACCGCUUACGUCAAUAACAAAAAAUGGAUGGGAGGUCAACCAGUAUGUGACUUUAUGUCUUUUUGCUUUAUAUUUGCGGGAAUGACAUCGGCGAUGCUUGCUGCUGCCAUGUCCUUGGACCGUUUUCUUGCUGUUUGGUUUCCAUUUUUCUAUAGCAAUCGGUUAGGUAACCGCCGAGUCAACCUUACAUUGGCGGGUAUAUGUACCUUUGCUUUCUUCUUGGCAUGCUUGCCUUUAAUGGGCAUCAACGCAAACGUUCGUCAAUUUCCGGGAACUUGGUGCUUCUUCAAUCAAUUUUCUACAGAGGCGGAUGGCAAGUUCUUUUCUUACCUCUACGCAACUCUCGGAAUUGGAAUGGUCGUGAUGAUGAUAGUUCUGAACACAUUGGUCAUUGUGGUUCUGACCAGACGGAGGGGGGUCAGAAAAGACCAGGAAGGUGGAGUGACCUCUGACAGUCGACGAGCCGCUGAUGUAUACAACGUAAUAUUCCUGGUGGUACUGAUGUUGGUCUUCACAAUCUGCUGGCUUCCGCUAAUGGUACGAAUCAUAAUCAACCAAUCAGCGCUCGGCAAUAUCGACCGUGUAGGUGAUCUGAUGGUCAUGCGACUUGCUCUGACCAAUCAGAUCCUUGAUCCGUGGAUCUACAUCAUCUUGCGGAAAGAUUCCAUAAUUAUGGCUGUAAAAAUAGGAAAACAGAUGCUUAAUAAAGGGGGUUGUCUGCAACAGAUAUCUUCCGAUGAUAAUAUCCCAAGUGGAACGGGAAGAACCUGUUCGACUACGGUUGGAGAUCGGACAUCAGAUGGAGAAACGGAAACGUAAAUUAGUGCACAUGUGCCGUUAGAACAAGACGCAACACAUUUAAAGGAACAUUGAUACUGAUUUAUUUCAGUUUAAACUUUCUUUCAUUUAUGCAAAGAAACAAUGAAUAGACAGUGAUAGAUAUCUGUCCCCUUUAUAUGUUUAUAGAUGACUGGUUCCCGCGUUAUACGCUUAAUUUUUGUGUCCCAUAAUCUAUUUGUAUUUUUCAUGUCUAAGUUAUUAGCUUUGCUACUCUCUGUAUGAUUGAUAAAAUUACCCAUAAUACAUAAGGCACCAAUCCAACCAAUCGCACAAAUGAAAUAUAGCCACGUGCACUGUCACAACGUAAUUGUCGAUUAAUUCACGAUGUUUAGGACCAACACUCUGUCAUUUAGAUAUUUGGGUCAUUCGGAUGUUUCUACGCCGUUCAACAUGUUUUGGCCAUUUACAGGUUUGAAGUUAGACUGGGUUUUUUUUAAAUUAUGUUCAAGCAAUGUCCCUCAGAAACAGUGGGAAAUUCUUACUUUACGUAAAUUAUAGAGAGAGUCGGGUAACACUUUUAUUUUAAUCUUAAUAGAUUUGUUUUCUUCUUAUUUUUGUCACUGGAGUAAAUUUGGCCUUUAGAUAUAUUUUCUAUCGAAAAUUGAUAGAGGCAUUCUUGCUGAUAGCAGUUGAUAGGUGAUUCCAAAUAUGAACUGCUGUGAAUUGAGAGAUAGUUAUUAACUUUUCUCGUAUCGUGGCCAUGUAUAUUGUAAUGUUUUAGGGAGGAUACUUUGUUAAUAAAGCUUUGUGUUAUAUGCACUUCUACUAGUUGGAUGUUUUCAAUGAUUCAAUGAUGAUGGUCGAGGAAGUAGUUUUGGAUUCUCUUCACGUCCAAUGAGUUUAUGUAUCUAUCUAUUUAUUUAUUUAUUUAUUUAUUUAUUUUAAUUUAAAAUCUUCAAGUCAACUGCGAAAGGCAUAUGUCAAUGACGAUUAAAGUACCCGCUGAAAAAUUAAUGAUAAAUACUGUUAUCGCUUUGUGCAUAGAAAUUGUUAAUCACUUAUAAUUAUUUAUGUAUUGUGCUGUUAACAUUAUG